AUCUGGACAGAUACAGCCAGGAAUGAUGUCAAAGCUGAAGAAAACAACACAGUGUGCAUAAUAUGGUGUACACUGCAUUCCAGCACAUUUGGUGUGAAUCAGGGGCAGACUGACAACUCAUGGGGCCCCUGGGCAAUAAGGGAUCAUGGGGCCCCUGUGUCCUUGCCCAAACUCAAAAAUGCCUAUGAAAAAGGUACCAGGGGCAUCUCAUGGGGCCCCCUACUGACCCCGGGCCCUCGGGCAGUGCCCGAGUUUCCAAAUGGUCAGUCCGCCCCUGGUGUGAAUAGACUCUUAAGAAGGAAAACA